AUGGACCAUGUCAGCGCAUCUCUCGAACUCCUUCAUCUCAUUUGCGCAACUUUGAUCUUUGUCCGCGACGUCACGAAAGACACAAGCGGCGUAACUAAUACAACGAACUUUUUGAACGAGACGCUUGUGUUUCUGGAUGUGUUUUCGAAUGUCUGCUUCAGCGACUUAACCGGAGUUCUACGCGACAGUCGUUUACAUCGUAUCUUACCAAGUGAUGUAGAGCACUCUCUUUACUCGCUCAACAAGUCUCUAGCCGCGCACCGGGAGGCGUGGAGGUACAUCGGCAAGAGUCCCACCCCUGGUGCGGGGCAAAGAAGCAUUGAGGAUCUGAAGCGCGGUCGCGCCGCGUCACUAGAUGUUCAGCAUGAAAAGAAGAGCUGGAGAGACGAAAUGAAAGAACGCUCGCAACUCUGGCGAGAAAAGGCGCGGCCAGGGCUAUACAAAGCAUUGUUCGGAGAAGAGGAGAUGGCCACACUCACCUUGAAUUGCUUGCAAUGGACACAUCGGCUUCGUCAAACUCUGGAAAUUGUCUUCCUUGGCAUCGGACCUCCGGAUCCAGGAUUCGGUAAUUCUAGGCAGGCGGCUAUCCUUGGCGUGGCAGAACAACUCGAACGCCAGCAUCGAGCAGGUGCAGAACCUUCGGGCGACUAUACUGCGCUCGUUGGCGCGCUCAGAGAAACGAUCAGCACUGGGCAGCCAUCGCACGGCCUUAUCAAGACGAUAUACGAUGACGGUGGAGAUGAAGUCGACGUUCUUGUUGAAACGCGAUCGGACGACGAGACGCCUGCUGAGUACAUGUGUCAUUUGACGUGGUUGUUACAGGCUCCUCAUCAGACUGACGUAUCCGUCAAGAGCGACGCCCAGAACGGCUACCAGCUGCAUACAUUAAGCUGUAUGGGUUUCAUCGAUGAUCCACUCAACAGAAGGAGUCUGAUCGUCUACCGCGCUCCGCAAAGCCAUCCUUGGGCAUCAAACCCACCGUCUUUGUAUGACAUGAUCUCGAAGGGUCCGACCGCGAGACCCUCAAUAGGAAGUCGCUUUCUCAUCGCAAGAGCGCUGACAAGCACACUACUCGAGUCGCAUGCCUCCGGCUGGGUUCACGGGAACGUACAGUCGCGCAGUAUCGUAAUGCUGCCAAGAUCGUUUAACGAUCUUGAGUUGUCUCCCUUCUUUGUUGGCUGGGGUGUCCUCCAACCCCUCGAGGCUACGCACUUCCCGUUGGAGCCGAACCUGUACCGCCACCAUGACCGUUUUGGCCGACCAUCUUCAGAAUAUUCCAACGAGCACGAGAUCUACUCACUGGGCGUGGUUCUUCUAGAGCUUGGACUAUGGCGGACGAUGGCGAAAGUCUUCGCCCGCCGCAUAGAGAAGUUCCCGAUCUUCGGCAUAGUACAGCAGCAGGAUCUCUUUAAUCGUAUACACAAUGCGAUACUAGAUUGGGCCAACAGUACCGAAAUCGAGAGAGAGAUGGGAAAGGCUUACGCGCAAGUCGUGUCAAAGUGUCUUACUUGGCACUAUGAAGAUCCAGUCGAAGGCAUGAUUGAGUUCCGAAAGCAAGUCGUGGACGUGUUGACUACAGGAUCCCGUCUCUUACACUCAAGCACCUUGGCUCCCCUCCACCCUUACACCCACCAGCGCUCUCAAAGUCUUGGUUUCACCGGCUGUACCGCGACUACCGCUCUCCUCGUAAACCGCCCCGCCCUCACAUCUUCCGACAAGCGCCUAAAAGACUGCGCCGACCCGACGGACUCUGCCCGCAUCGCGCGACCACAAGGCCAAACUCCGACCGUCGAAAUGUCCAACUUGAACGAAGAACACGGUCCGGAAGACAUGGUCUGGGUCGCGGCCGAUGUUCAGAUGAGGGAAGAACAAGAUCUGAAUCGUGCCCUUGAAGCAAGUCGGGCUUCCGCGGGAAUCGGGGUACCACCGCGUCCAACGAGCGCUAGGGUCACAAGACAAUCCGAGGCGGAGGACGAGGAGAUUCUUGUUGCGCUCGACAUCAGCCGGAUAGAAGCAGAAGCGGCGGCCCAGAGACGCAAUGCAGACGCGGAGGCGGAUCAACAACGCCUUCUCGAGGCUCAAAGGCAGUCGGAGCUCGAAGCACGAGCUGCCGAUCAAGAACGCGAGCACACUUUUGUUGCGCUAUCCAUCAGCCAGGUAGAGGCAGAAGAGGCGGAUCGGAGACGCAAUGCAGACGCAGAGGCGGACCAACAACGCCUUCUCGAAGCUCAAAGGCAGUCGGGGCGUGAAGCACUAGCUGCCGAUCAAGAGCGUGAGGCUACCCGGAAAGCUGAGCUACUGUCUUUGAAGGAUGAGCGAGCUCGGGCUCAAACUGCGCGAUUACACCAAGAGACCUUGGAUCAGGCCAUCGUCGAGAGCAAGGUGGCUGCCGAGACUGAGCAGCGGCAACAUGAACAAGAGUCUGCACGCCUUCAGGAAGCAUACGCUGUACGCGGCCUGAGCGAAGACGAGCAGUUGCUGAUAGCGAUAAGCCAAAGCAAGAAUGAAGAGCAUUCUCGUGAAGUUGCACACGUCGGGCAACUUCGGGAGGAUAUGCUGCGCUCGGUGAACGAGCACGGACGGACCUCUGCACCAUCGAACGAGCCAUCGGCUACCCAGUCUCCAGAAGACCGCCCAGUGUUGGGAGCCAUGGCAUCCUAUCCUCCGGGUCCGGUGACUGAGCAGGAACAAAGGAGUGUGGCCGAUGCUCGGGAGGUCAUUGACAAUCCGAACGGGAGUGUUGCGCGUAAGCCUGUUGCAAGAUCUCAGCACGCUACUUCCGUUGCUGCUGAGCACCCAGCGCCAGCCACUGCGGCCGAUACUGUCAGCUCGUCGGACGUGAUCUCGUCUGGCUUGCGGCAGGACCCGGUGACAAACAUAUUUAACGGUCCGGUCAGUGUGACCAUCAACAACUUUCCCGAAGCGCCCAAGUCCUCCCAGAAUCUGUUGAAGCAAGUCUUCAAUAAGAGCAGGCAGACUAACAAGGGCGUGAAAGCUGUCGAGCAGAAAGGGGCAGAGUUCUACGUCAAGGGUGUAGCUGAAGCGACAAGCAACCUUUGGAAGAAUAAGAGAAAGAUACUUCCUGCCAGGUCUUCCAAAUCAGCCGGAAAUGCUAUGAUCAACGAAGCGAGGGAAAUUGAUCGUUUUCCUGGUUCUCCGGCUCAUGACGACGUGGGUACUAUCGCCAGUCCCUGGCCUGCGAGACAGUGUCUGCACGUCGUGAACGCAGAUCCAACGCACUCGGGUUUGAGCACACCUGAAACCACAAGGCUGCUGCAAUCAGAAAUGUCCGGACAGCAGAGUGAAGAGGUCGACACCCCUCGACCAUCUACAUUGCAGCGGUCGGUAACGUCACCUCCGCUGACAGCGACGAUACCGUCGAGGCCAAUGUCGCUGGAUCGAUCGAUCGUGUCCCAGAUUUCGGACGUGAACGGCAAUGCAGUAACUCCGCCUAGUGUCUGUCAAUCGAGAGUGAGAAGCUCGAUGGAUAGUUUCCGGUGCGCUUCCGAAUUGCGCCCUCAGCCGCUGGAUAUUCGCAAACAGCCUCCUCCUGUUCCACCAAAACCUUUGGAGCUGGCCAGUCCUUCUGCAGGUGUAGCACCAUCGCGACCACCACCGCCUCCUCGCAGCCGGAAUCCGAUGACGAGGCGUAUGCUUGGCGAGCAAGAGGAGGUAUCUGGGUGGGUGCAGCAACCAGUGCAUUUUCCUGGCAUGAAUUCGACCCAAGGACCAACAAUGGGAUCACCGGAUUCCAUGACGGUGACACCCCCAACACCUCGGCGGAUCAACGUCGACUUGAACCGCCGCAGUCAAUUUGGGCCAAUUGACACGAGCUUGGCGAACGUGCCUCCUGGUGAACGUCGCAUCGACGAGUUCAACUCGCGAUCGAUGAUGGACUUGGGCAUGAUGGGCCAAGUAGGCAACCCUGCGAUAAUGGAGCCACUGCGUGGACAGUACGAGCAGACCUAUGCCCGUCCACCGCACGUGCAGCAGGAAAGGCUGAACUCGGAUGCGAGGGCAAGAAAGAAAGAGAAGGACACGCAGAAGGCUUUGCGGAAGCAGUUUUGA